CAUGUUCAUGAAGUCCAUGUGCACGGACCUGAAUUCAUUUUCGCAAAGGAACGUCUCUUGAGGUUCCAGACCGGGUGUUACAUGGCCGACGUGUAAGCGUCCGUGGUACUAAGAUUACGCAUUUCGAGGGUUUUCGACAACGCGAACGAGAAUUCUUGUCGGCAGAAACGCGUUGCGCUUCUGGAGGAUUCCGGCUACGUGGAUAAAGGAAAAACAACGGAAGGUCGACGUUGGCAGGCCGAUACAGAGUUCUUUGAACUUCUUUAAGCACAAGGCCACACACGGUGAAGAUAACACUGCUCGGCGUUCUUUCAACGUAAUUCCAAAAUAAGAAGCAACACGUCUAUAUUCUCGGGCGUUAACCUACUGCCGCGGCAGCGUCAGGUAUUGUUCAUGCAUUCCUGAGCCCGAAUGGCUGAUGUCUUGCUGAUGUCACAGCGCGGAUGUUUUUGCGAAUAGACAAUCGGACAAUCAAUCAUUUGCAUUAUCACAAUUCUGGAAACGCCGGCAGACAUGUCAAGCAUGAAUGCUGCAUACAUAUAUAAAGCGAGUGAGAUAACUGAAUGAUGCAUUCCCCAAACCUUACAUACCCAAUCGCCACUUUCAUACCAAUUCUUUGUCUUCAUAAUGCCAGCUGUAACUUCUGGAAAGGUCCUUGUCACUGGCGCGAACGGAUAUAUCGCCGUAUGGCUUGUCAAGGAUCUCCUUGAGAAAGGUUUCACUGUUCGUGGUACCGUUCGCUCAGCAGCCAAGGGCGAGCACCUGAAGAAGACCUUCGCAAGCUACGGUGAUAAGCUUGAGCUUGUCGUUGUUGACGACAUCACCAAGACUGGCGCCUUCGACGAAGCUGUCAAAGGCGUCGAUGCCAUUCAGCACACAGCUUCCCCUUUCCACUUCAACAUCACUGAUCCUCAGGAUCUCAUCGUUCCCGCCGUAGCGGGUACUACCAGCAUCCUGGAAAGCGCCCUCAAGCAUGGAAGCACCGUUAAGCGCGUUGUCGUCCUCUCGUCCACUGCUGCCGUUCAGACCACCGACCUCGAGAAACCCACCGUCUUCAAUGAGAACAACUGGAACGAUAAGGCUGUCAACGAAGUCGAGACCAAGGGCAAGGAGACGAGCCCCUUCGAUUCUUACAUGGCUAGCAAGACCCUGGCAGAACGGGCAGCUUGGGCGUGGUAUGAGAAGAAUAAGGCUGCGAUACAAUGGGAUUUGGUUGUUUUCAACCCGCCCUACGUGUAUGGCCCUAUCAUUCAUGAGAUCCAGGAUCUCUCCCAGCUGAACACCUCCAUGGGUUUGUUCUACACGGUUGUCUUGAAGGGGGAGACAGAUGAUCAGACGCUCGUCAAGGAAGGAAACAACUGGAUCGAUGUGCGGGACGUCAGCUCCGCAUUAGUGCUUGCGCUCUUCAAGGAGGAAGCUGCCAACCAACGAUUCAUCAUCAGCGGUGGCACAUACAAAUGGCAAGAUUGGGGUAUGUGGGCCUCACUUUGCAUCAUCCUUCAUCUCGCUGACGAGCCUCUACCUCAGUCAAUGCUGUGCGCAAAGUUGCCCCCACACUCCCUGCAGGCAAUACGUCCUACAAGCCUGAAGAGGCCAUCCAUGAGAUCGUCACCGACUCAUCAAAAUCGAAGCAGGUGCUUGGUAUCAAGUACCGCACGUUUGACGAGACGGCGAAAGAUAUUGUGGCGGACUUCGAGAAGAAGGGAUGGUGGCCUGUGCAGAAGGCCUGAACUGAUGGAAUAACAAAACUGGAUUUGACAUAGACGUCCAUGACGGCACGAAUCUCUGUAUAAUAUCUGUAUAUCAUUUGCAACUCGGAAUAUUGGGGAUUAUGGCGCAUACCAACGAUGUGUGUUUAGUAGCGUGGAGGAAUUGCGUCGUUUUAAUGACGGCUUCGCUUGGAAGAAAACGAACGCAUACGUCCUAGGGAAAUGAGGUUUUAUUCUCCUCCAGUAGCAGUCUGUAUGUCACAUUCAUCGUGAGCAGUGGAAUGAUGUAUUUGCCAUGCGAACCGUGGGCAAAACCACAGAAACAUGGUUUGAGUGAAGCAAUCAG